UGUGAGCGCGAAGUGCGAGAGAAAAUUUCUAAUAUGGGUUCUGACUUGAUCGAAAAUGGACAUGUUAAAGGCGUUUUGCAGUUAGCCAUAGGACGAUGCAUAUUUCAACUAUUACAUAAUGCGAUUGCGAAGCACGAGCUGAACAUUUUUGACAUCGCAACAUAAAAUUGACAAUCUAAGCAUUUUUUAUUACACAUUAAUGGCAAACAAUUGAUGCGAGCGCAGACUUCAGACCUACUAUUAAUGCUCAUUCAUUAUUUCCUCAAUAUCAAUGUUCAAUUCCUUGCCCCUUCAAUUAAAAACCCUUUCCACCCUUUCUAGUUUUAAAAAAGAACUCAAAUGGUAUAUAAUGUCCCAUAAAUGUUAAACGUCAAUGGUACCUGUGCUACAAAUAUUGAUGACUCGAAUUUUGUAUGUCUUUCUGUGUUCUAAUAUGUAUGAUUUAUAUGUUUUUGUCAAGUUUGUUUUAUCACUUGUAUAUACAUGUUUUGUUUUUAUGCUAUUAGGGCCCCUUUUGAUAUCAGUUUUUGCUGAAAGGGACCCUGUUGAAAUAUUGUUUAAUAAAUAAAAAUGUACACCCUAAUGUAGCCUCUAAUUACGUACAUGAAAAAUGUGUAGGCCUUUAUUAAAUUAAGGCGGCAAGAUCAUUCCGUAGUGAUGUCCUGUAGUCUAUUCGAUAAUUAGAGUAUUACAUUCAUCUACACUUGAGAGGAAAGAAACCAUGAAUCAUGACCCCCUCCGCCGAGCAGCACGCUAGGGCACGAGCGUAUCGGCGUAUAGGGGUUGAGUGAUUAACCAAUCAGGGUUAAACGCUCCGUGCACUGGUCAUUGAAACGUGACGGCCAUGCUGACGGCCCACCAAUCGUUGUAAAACGCUCAGUGAACAAAAGAAGUUAAUUGCCGAGUUUAUAAAUUGGAUCUUCCUAUUGGCUAAAUCGAUGGCCAAUUGGAGUGACCCUGACCCUCUGAGCAUCAAGUAUAAAUCCUUGAACCCAGUCGUAUGAGGUCAGUUAAUUUAACAUCUACAUGCGAUUAUUGACUUCACUGAGCUUGCUUUUCAAUCCGUUAUUCGAUUACUGCCCAUCGUCAUCGGCAAACUUCUCCGAAAUUCGAUUCGUUCCUUAAUUAGGCUUGACAAAGUUUUCAAAUUCAGGUCAAAGUUUUGGUCCAACUAUGUCGUGGAACCAGAAGCAGAAGGUCCAAGCUCGCGACCCUGACAGUGGUGUUUGGCUUGCAGCUGUUGUGCUGACUGUUGAUGAGGAAGCUGUCAAAGUGAAGUAGGUCUAUGUCUAUAUUCUAUUCCCCAUUGCUCUAUAAAUGUAUGUCUUUUGUUUUUCAUCGAGGUUGAAUUGACCCACUAUAAUUUCACAAACACUUAUUUAAUAGGGUAAAACUAUGCGUACUGUAUGUUCGUCGAUCUACCGAACUCAUCGUCUGACUUAGAUCAAAAUUUUGAUUUCCUUUCUGUUCAUAUUGUUGAUCUGAUGUAUCCCCAUUUGUUAUUUUGGCUUUACUUAAGUCUUGCACACAACGAAUCUGAUUGCCAUGAAACUCAAUUAUGUGUUGUAGAAGGUCAUUAUGCCGUAAAAGUUAAAGCUAUGUCUGUAUUUCCUUUUUAGGUGGGUGAACUACAAAGGGAGGACGUCGUUUGUGGAUGUAUCGGAAGAGAUACGUCGGCCCAUUCUCCGUCGACAGGUUAGGGUUUCUCCGAUCCUUUGGCCUUCUGUGAAACCGGAAUUUCUGCAAGCAGGCGACAAGGUCGCACAGCUUAGUGUGGAUGGAAGGCGUGGUGAGGUCAUGACUAUUGGGACCAACGAUCCCUUCAAUGGGGUGAUGCUGACUUGCGAACAUCCUGGAAGGGAAUUUCGCUAUGAGCACCUUGCAGAGCCAGAAGAGGAUGAGGGUGAGCCCGAGGAUGUUCCAAUGGAGUUGGAGUCUGAGGUGGAGGAGGAUCAGCAUGACAGUGAUGAAGAGGACUCUCUUCUUGAUGCAGCCAUUCUCACUCCAAUGGCACAGGCAACUCCCCAGGCAACCCCACGCAGGGCACAGGCAACCCCACGCAGGGCACAGGCAACCCCACGCAGGGCACAGGCAACACCUCACAGGGCACAGACCACACCGUGUGUGACACAGGCCACACGCGGCAGACAGAGGGGAAGAACGGCUACACAUGUCAAGAAGAAGGUCGCGACACUACUGGACUUUGGUGAAGGUACGAUUUUUGACGAGGAAAUUCCGCCUCAGGAGCUGCAAGAGCUAACAGAAGAGAGGGCCCUUGCUGCAGUUGGGGACCUGGCAGAGCAAGUACAGGCUUUAGACAAGGCACCAAACUUCGACCUACCUGCCGGAAUGGGGGCCGACGUUCUACUGCAGCAGAAUAUAGAUCUUCUGGAAAGGAACGAGACGCUGAUUCAGGAGAAGGAGUCCCUUCUAGACAGAAUUAACGGUCUAGAGACGAGGGUAUCAGCUAUAGAGGCCAAGAUCAGUCAGGAUACACCAGCAAUUGAGGAGGUUACCCCACCUACCAUCCGCCAAACCGAUCCAACCACUCAACCAACACCUCAGCCAGCACCCCAACCAGCUAGAAGAAGUCCCUCGUGACGAUCCAAGCAAUGAAUCCAUCACGGGUAGCCGUGGAACUGUCGAAGGAACUCUUUACUACAGAGGAGAGGCUACACUGCUGUGUUAAUGGAAAGGGACGGGCACAGCUGGAUCCCCAGAGGGUUACGGUUCUGCGAAGACGGCUCUUCCUAUCCUGUCCCAUGCCCCGAUCUCAGCAAGAUGCUGCUUGGAAAGCUGCAGUAAAGGCCAUAGACGGACACACACGGUACCUACGGUUAAAGGAGAAACGAGGACACGAUAACCUGCCCCAGUGACGUCAUUAUUUUUGAUAUGCAUAAAGACU